AUGGAUCCCGAGGACGGCCUGCGUCUGCAACGACACAAGCAGCGCCGCGUCGCCGAUAAGGAGAGGAAGCGGGCUGUUCGAGCCUGCGACGGGUGUCGGAGACUCAAGGAGAAAUGCGACGGAGGAGUCCCCUGCCGCCGGUGCACCCGCCUGCGCCGGCAGUGCGAGUUCCUCACGCCCACAACCAGAGAUGAGCCCGGGUCCGAGACCACAUCGAGACCACGCCCCUCGCACCACGAGGAUUCUCAUUUAAGGCAGAGGAUGGCUUACAUGGAGCGGCUGCUGGCGCACUACACUGGCAAGAGCACGCUGGAUGCCGAGACCUUGAAGACCUUGACCGAGUCCUUCGAAAAAGGACGUGCCGGCCCCGGGGUUCCCGGAGCCGGAGCUGAGGCGGACGUUUCCAUGGAGCCCGAGGUCGGCGCCGAUGCGGAAGUGCAAUCACAGAGCUCCGACUCGUUCAAGGUAGAUGAGAUCACGGUCCAGCCUCUGGAGAACAACAUCACACACUACUCGGGCGAGUUCUCCCACUGGAACUUCUCCAUGCGAAUAAAGCAGUGGAUCGAGCAGUGUGUAAACGACGCCCCGGAUGGCCCCAAGACGCAGUUCAAGGAGUACUACCGUCCGGAAGAGCUGCAGUCGUCCUCCAAUACAGUAGCUUCCCUGUCGUCCCUGCCGCCGCGUUACGUCGCCGACUUCCUUGUCCACGCCUUCUUCAACCACGCAGAGACCAGCUACUUUUACGUCGAGCGCCAUUGGCUCAACGACAAGCUGGACCUGGUGUACGACAACUCGACAUCCCUGACGCGGCGGGAUGUCGGCACCGUGUGCAUGAUCCUCAUCAUCUUCGCCAUCGGGACCCAGUAUGCCUACCUGGACUCUCGCGACGAAAGAGGCGGGCCUCCGAACGCGGCCGCCGUUGACACGAGCCCCUUCUCUGAGGAUACGAUUGGCAUCAUGUUCUACCAGCAGGCAUGCCGACUGGUCCCCGAUGUCAUCACAAUAUCGUCCUUGGAAAGCGUCCAGGCAUGCCUUCUGAUAGGAUUGUAUACUCUGCCGCUUGACGCCUCGGGGCUGUCGUAUGUCUACUUGAACCUCGCUGUCAAACUGGCGAUCCAGAACGGCAUGCAUCGGAAGUACCCCGGAGACGGUAUCGAUCCCGUCAUCCGUGAGACGAGAAAUCGUGUGUGGUGGACGGCCUACACGACGGAGAAACGCAUUGGUAUAUUCCACGGCCGGCCAAUAUCCAUCGCCGCCAGCGAUGUCGAUGCAGAGCUGCCGGUAGACCGACCAGACAUCUGGCCCGGCCCUGCGCCGCCAAACACAGCUCACAUGUUGGCAACACUCCGGCUCAACAACGCUCUGAGCCGGAUCGCCCAUCAAAUAUCAUUGUUCAAGACGUACGAAAAGCAAGAGAUACCCGAGGGCAUGGCCAAGCUCGUGGAGAUGAAGACCCAGCUACACAACUGGUGGAACAGCCUCCCGGAGCCGACCUUCUGCAAAGACCCCGCCACUGGUCCGGCCGUCUUCCGGCCCACCAUGCACUUGAGGUUGGAAUACUGCCUCGUCCGCAUGUUCGCCGGGCGGCCCUUCAUCUUCCCCCGCGACUCGGCACGCAGCACCGCGAGCUCGUCCGGGUCGCCCGCCGACUCGGCCGUGCCGCCGCGUUCGAGCGGCUCGACGAGCAAGACGCACCCCCGCUCGGUCCUGGUGGCGGACUGCGUCGACGCGGCGCUGUGCGUGAUCGAGACGUGCCGCCUGCUCCGCAACAGCGUCGGCCUCGCGCGGGCGUCGUACACCGAGUUCAGCUCCUGCCGCGCCGCGCUGCUCGUCAUCAUCACGCAGUGCCUGCAGAAGAAGACGGACCGCCUGCGCGACGCGCUGAGGGAGGGCAUGGCGAUGCUCCGGGAGAUGUCGGCGGGCGGCGAGUCGGCCAAGUCCGAGAUGUCGCUGAUCGAGGCCUUUGAGCGCGCCAUCUCGAGGCUCGACACGGCCGACGAGGCCGUGUCCGCCAAGGAGUCGGACUACGCGAGGUUCAAGAAGUGGGAGAUGCUGUGGAAGACGGACACGCCGGCACAGGAUGCGAGGAGCGAGAGGGGUCUCGACGCGGCGCUGCCCAUCCCGCCGCACCCUGCGGGGUUGUGGCGGGGACACCACGGCCACGGCGGACACGUCGCCCCCGGGGCGGGGCGGCAGGGCACGGCGUCGCUGCCGCCGGCUAUGCCGUUUUUCGGUCUUGAUGGGAGCCUGUCCCCGAUGCCGCCGGCUCUCGACCAGUUUUCGGCUAUGUUUGAGAAUGGGUACGUGCCGGGUUUUGAAGGCAUGGCCGGGGGCGUCGACGGAAACUGGAUGGGUCUCUGA